CUCUGUAGACAUGAGCUGUGGUGAUGAUGUGGUUCCUCCUUCUCCUCUACAUAGCUCACAUUGAGCAGGUGAUCACUGAAGCUGAUGACACCAGGCUGAUUCUUGAGGGUAAAAAUGGCUCGUGUGAAGGCUAUGUUAAAAUCUACAAAGAUAACAGUUGGAGCUACGUUGGAGAUAAACACUGGAACAGUAGCACUGAAAAAGUGGUGUGCAGGAGCACUCACUGUGGGGAAACAGAGAACUCAACAGAAGAUGUGCUUUAUCCCACUGAUGCCAAAGUCUUUGUCAAUGAACUGGAGUGCAAUGGAACAGAGAGUCACCUGUUGGACUGUAAAUAUCCUGGAUGGGGUAUCAGCAAGUACAGAAAGCCAUCUGUGAAAAAGAUGAAAUGUUCUAACAAAAUCAAAAUAGAUCUUGAUGGAUUUAAAUGUGCGGGAGCUGUACGCUACUCCACAGAUGGGAAAACACCUUCAGGUUACUUUUGUAAUGACAACUGGGAAAAGAAAGAAGCCAAUCAUUUGUGUGAAAAGCUCAAAUGUGGUAAUUCCACUGACGUUCCUAGUGAGGAAUGGAUGGUUUGGGAAGGAUUCAAAACCUCAAAGAAGAUGAAGAUCAAGUGUCUAGACAAGCUAACCGAUCUUUGGCAAUGUGUAACUCAGGAAUCAACUUCAUGCAGUAAACCUGCUUCUGUCAUAUGCACAGAUUACAAGCGACUGCAAUUAAGAGGAAACGCAUCAAAUGUCUGUUCUGGGGAGCUGGAAAUAGAAGAAAAUAACAACUGGACCAAAACCAAACCUGAAGGAAACCAAUCCGAUUAUGAUGAGAUGUGCCGGCAGAUGUACUGUGGUACCUCUACAAAGCACAGUGACACACAGCUGACAUGCUCAGACACUGUUAAAGUAGUUCUGGAGGACAACUGCUUUGGUAAAGUUCAAAUUAGGGUGAAUGAUAUAACUUACCCUGUGUGUGCCUCCUCCUGGACCGAAUCAAAUGCUAAAAUGGUUUGCAAAGAGCUAAAUUGCGGGAGUCUAAUGGAGAGUAAAACAGUGCCUGCAAACAAAGGGAUAAUGGACUUUGUGAAGUGCACGGGCAAGGAGUCCUCAUUGUGGCAUUGUAAAGCUAAGCGUCACAAUAAACCUUUUCCAUGUGCUUCUACGGCCUACGUAGUCUGUUCAGAUAGUAUUCAAGUAAACUUGACGGAUGGUCCCGGAAAAUGUGCUGGGAGGCUGGAGAUCAAGUAUGACGGACAAUGGAAAAAGGUUUCUAAAAAUCUAUGGGCAGAAGAAAAUUCAGAUACUGUCUGCAAACAACUAGAAUGUGGGAAAGCAAAAGAGGCCCACAGCACUGAAAAAUUCAGCGCGGGUUCAAAUCAAUUCCUGCAAAAGAAGGUUACCUGUAAAAAGGCCUCAAAAAUAUCUGAGUGUAAGAUACAUGACGGCACCUCAUCUGAGAAGGAGGCAGUGGGAAUAAUCUGCAAAAAGCACAAGGUGGUAUUUCUUGAUGAUCCCCACUCUUCCUGUUCUGGAAAAGUGGGGAUAGAGAAUGGUAACAAUAUCUCCUGGCUCUCCGGAUCCAACGUGACAUGGAACAAAAAGUCCGCCGACACAGUGUGUCGACAGAUUCACUGUGGGACAGCCCAAAGCUUUAACUACAUCCGUAAUGAUGUAAAGAGAAAUGCUAUUUCAAAGAAAUCGUACAGUUGCUCAUCCAACAACACAUCUCUGUUUGACUGUGAAACCAACACAUUGCCAUCAGACCACAAUGACACUAUUGCCACAGUGAUAUGUUCAGGAGAAAUCAAAAUAAAUCUGACCAAAACGUGUUGGGGCAAAGUCAAUAUUUGCAUGGAUGGGAAUUGUGGAGGUGUGUGUGCAGCCACCUGGGGAAAAAACAUGUCUAAGGAGCUGUGUAAACAGCUGGACUGUGGGACCGUCUCCGACUCCGGCGUCUUGUCUAAAAGAGAUAACACUGUCAUUGUCAAGAGUAUGCACAUGUCAAAGAGGACUGACAACCUGACAAAGUGUAGUUUUGUCAUGAAUGAUAAUGACCCCUGUGAAGAUGCCGUCCAUGUUGUUUGCUCAGGUAGCAUCAAGCCUAAAUUACAAAUUUCCAGAGACAAAUGUUCUGGAAAUCUGGAGAUGGAGUAUGAAGGCGAGUUGCUCCCAGUGUGCAAGGACACUCUAAAAGACAAGAACACACAAAACAUCAUCUGUGAGGAGCUGGGAUGUGGGCCGGCUCUCAACGCCAUUGACUACUUCGGACCUGAAUCAAACAAGAAACGUUUCAUUUCAAAAGUAGAGUGUCCUGCAAAUAAGUCAUUAAUAGCAUGUGAUGUAAGUCCUCCCACGACACGCUGCGCUCUUGGUGGCCUCCAAUGCUCUGGCUGGAAGAAGAUCAGACUUAACAAGAGCUGUAGUGGAACUGUGUUACUUCAAUCAGAAGGAAAAAAUCUGGCUGCUGUUUCUGCGGAAGGCUUUUCAAAAAUAGAGGGCGAGAGGCUUUGCGAGGAUCUGGAUUGUGGGAAGUACAUGGAAACGAUGGAAAAGAACUCUGAACUGAUGAUUCUCUCUGGAACUCUCUGGAACGGUAGCUUCAACUGUGCAGGUGUUAAGAAUCCACCGAACAUAUGGGGCUGCGAAAAGACACGAGCAGCCACACAGAAGCAACAGCUCUUAAUUAAAUGUGAAGGUGAGCCCAAAGUCAAGCUCACAGAGAAUUGUAAAGGUCAAGUGACGAUAAAUGACACUGAAGUGUGUGACAGUAACUGGAACCUCGACUAUUCACACAUGGUUUGCCAAGAACAAGAUUGCAGCAACGCUGUUCCCGGCAACUUCAGUAUUGAACGUCUUGACCCACAUAAGGAGUACUACCAUGUCAAAUGUGAGAAAGACCAUCACCUUCUCGGCCAGUGCAAGAGAUUCAAAGGAACGUGUAAAGGAAAAUUGGUGUCUGUUUACUGUGUUAAAAAUGUCAAGCUCAACACCACACAAAAAUGCGGAGGUCAGCUUAAAGUCAAUUAUGGAAAAGAGUGGAAAGAAGUGUGUCCUUUAAAUGACAAGACUACUAAAGAAAAUCUGUGUGAAUCGCUCAAAUGUGGGAAUCCUAUAGACAAACCUAGCGAUGGCAGAGGAGCAGAUACAAGGGCCAACUUGGAAACAACACUGACAUGCACAAAAGAUCAUAAAGACAUCAAGCACUGUGUCCACCCAACGUCUUGCACAAAAAUCAAACCAGCUGAGAUCUACUGUGAAGGGUAUGUGGUCAAACAGCAACCAAAGGAAGACAAUAAGAUCCCCAUAGUGCCUAUUAUCCUGGGAGUAGGAUUUCUUCUGGUUCUGGUGAUACUGAUCGUUGUAUUUGUACGAAUCUGCAUCGUCAGGAAAGCCAAGAAUGUCUCAUCAAGAAUCUUUUCAAGAAAAGAAGUAGAGUUUGAAAGUGGUGAUGUGGAGGAUUUCAACAGCAAAGCAAAUGAAAUGGAAGACUUCGGUCAUGGCAGAGGAUUCAGAUCAGAGGCUGAAUUCAUUGAAGAGCACGACGCACGGAGCACUUCCUCUUUUUCUUACGAUGAUAUUGAUGAAGUGGAUGAGGCUCGGCCCCUGACCUCUCAGGCAGACUCUGCUGGCACCUCAGGAGAAAACUACAUCCCUGAGAGUGCCCUUGAUCAAAGCACAGAUGGGGUGACCUAUGAGGUGGAUGACCCACAGGAGAAUUACGAUGACAUUGAAGCCAGCCCUGAGAUCACAGAGACUCAAGCCGAAGUCCACGAUGGUCCCAAAACCACACCUGAAAGAGAGGCAGUGAUUGCGGGAUUGGUGCCGGAGGAUGAGGACUAUCUUGUGCCAGGCCAAGAUGGGUGAGCCAAAACUGGGUUGAAAACUUACUGAAAUAAAAUCCAAUCUGGCAAGGUGGAUCACCUCGAAAGCAAAACCCAACUCUCUGUUACAAAAAUGGAUAUAAUUACUCAAAAAAGUCCAAACAAAGUGAAUUACGCAUUAACUAAAAUACUGAUCAUUUUAAAAUGAUGUUUCAUAGUCUUAAACAUUUUAUGUAUAAACAGAAAACAUAAUCUGCUUCUACAUGGCUGGUUUGUGUACCUUCCAGUGAGAUUAAGUCAGUUUCAUCUCUUAUUCUACAUAUGUUUGUAUUAUUAAAUGUACAAAGUGUUGGCCUUCCAUCAAAUCACAGAUGAAAAAAAUGCGUAGUAAAUGUUCUUUCUCUUCCAGUGUACAAAAUGAACAAAACUCUGAUCAGUCAGAAUGCAAAGCAGCUUUGUCUAAAAUCUACUGCUUGUUGUUGAUUUAAUGGCUUUCAACAUAUUUUUGAGGCAUUUGUUUAAAAAAAUUAGAUAUAUAUAAAGUAGUUGAGCUUGAUUUCAGCAAUCUUUUAUGAGACUGUUAUUUCUGUAGUAGUUUGUCAAUUUAUCAAUGAGCUUAUUCAUAUCAAUUGCAAUCCAUCGCAACAUGCACAUGACAUACUCAUUUUAUAACUGUAGCAAAGAAUUAGCUGCAUAAAAUGCCGAAAAUGACAUAACGUCACUGUCAAAAGAAAACCAUGUAUCUCCAAAUUUGGUCAUUUUGAAAAUUUCAAACCAAUUAUACAAUUAAGUUUGCCUUUAUAGACAGAGAAAAAUCUUCUUCUCCUUAAAGAUCCCCUCCAAGCAUGUUUUAAGACAUACGAAAAUACUCUCAUUUGUAUUUGAUAUGAUUUUUCCACCAAAAAAGUUCAGUUAAGUAAACAAGAAAAUCAUAAAAUCACACCUACAUCUUCUUCCUCAUUGAAGACUCCAAUAUCUAUAAAUUUACAUAUAUUUUCCGCUUCAAAAGUUGAACUAGAAAAUAUAUCUUCUACUUAACCAGAGGCUUCAAGUUUCCCAAUCACAGUUGUGUAAGUUGUCCCCAAACUAGUUGUGAUGUCACAAAUUAUGCUUUUAAAUACACAUGUUCAACUGAGAUUUAACGUGAGCACAGAAAAACUUUCACCCUUCAGUUACUGACUAUGAAAACAUCCAUCUCGUGUCACUCUGCACAUGCAUCAUUCUGAACAGAGACGAUCAGACAUCCAAGACUAACAAUAAGCUAGACAUAUUUUUUAAUGGAGGGGGACUUUAAAGCUAAAAAAAAAAAAAAACAUUGCUGAAAAACACAUUGUCACACAUUGUUAUACAUGGUUUUCACAAGACAGUGAUGGUGAGUCAAACUCCUUGUGUAACACCUGAUAACCUCAGGUCAUAUUACCAUGUGGUUACAUUGUAUAUUUUUAAGUUUGUAGGCUUUAUAAGAAUGUAUAACGUUGAUUUCACUGUCACAUUUAUGUUUUUUAAACACAUUGUAUUAAACAUGAAUAUAAUGCUCA